AUGUCGACCGUUCUGAGGACGCUGCGCAAUCUGCGCCGAAUUGGCUUAAAGGACUUUGGCCACCAGAUGCAGAACAUCGGUGAUACCAAGGCCGGAACCCUCAUCGGAGUCGAUCGCUUCGGCAACAAGUACUACGAGAACAUGGAAGAGGAGCUUCCUCUUCGGACACGAUGGGUCGACUACAAGGUCAACUGGCCCGAGUUCCAGCCCGACCAAAUUGAGCCUGGCUGGCACGCCUGGAUCUCCUACAUGGUUGAUACUCCCCCCACUGUCGACAAGCUCCUCCAGCCCGGCCAGCGCACCUGGGAGAUUCCUGAGCACCGUCCCAACCCCACCUUCAGCCGUGCUGCCUUCAAGACCUACUCCACCACCCGCCCCAAGUUGUCCGCCUGGACUCCCGUUGCUGCGCCGCGGUAA